AUGCGUGUUCCUUCUUUCAUCCUUACUGGCCUCUGCGCUACAAUCGCCCAGGCACGUCCUCAACCGACUACGUUGAGUGUCGUUCAGGUGGAAACAGUUCCCCUCGCCGCACCGAAGCCAGCCUCAGCGCUGCAAACUGAACUUCCUACGACCAGUCUUGAGAAGCGUGCCAACUGGUGCUCGAAGGGCUCCGACUACAAUCAAGCCGAUGCCGACGAGCUGCAGAGGCAACUGCAAAAUAUUAACCCAAACCAAAUGACCUACCUCCCGGCUUGGUCGACUGGAGGGUGGAUUUAUGGCACUGCCAAAGUGUGUCUUAUCAACCAGUACCUUUCAGAUAAUACCCAUGUCAAACGCUGGGAAGCUGGCUGGGGCAUGGGGUACAUCAAGAACAUGUGUUGCAGUGGAAAGUCGCGGUGCUCUGGUGGUAACUGCAGUGGCCAUGGAGACUCUGGCCUUGCUGUUGAGAUUCGGGUACAAAAUUCAGCCCGUAGCUGCACUAUCUAA